AUGAAGAUAGUACUACAGAAAGUUAGUCGCGCGUCAGUGACGGUUGAAUCCCAAGUUGUGUCUGCCAUUAACACUGGCUUCAUGUUGCUGGUGGGCAUUUCCGUCGACGACACCCUGAAGGACGUCGAGAAGUUGUCGAAGAAGGUAGCCACGUUGCGUGCGUUCGACGAUAACGACGGAUACGGCUGGAAGAAGAACAUUCGCGAAGUGAACGGCCAGAUUUUGUCAAUUUCGCAGUUUACGUUAAUGGCACAGACUAAAAAGGGCACCAAGCCUGAUUUCCACAUGGCGCAAAAGGGACACCUGGCCAAGGAGCUCUACGACAAGUUUCUGGCGCUGCUACGUCAAGACCUGGGCGACGAAAACGUCAAGGACGGUGUAUUCGGAGCCAUGAUGAGCUGCGAGCUGGUCAACGAGGGCCCAGUGACUCUGAUUCUCGAUACAAGAGACUACAACUAG